AUGGCCCUCGUUAACAGCGCGAUUGAUGAGAUUGGCAUGACGGAGUUUCAGUGGAAGUUGUUCUUUCUUAAUGGAUUUGGAUAUGCGGUUGAUUCGCUCCUAGUCGUCUGUCAAUCGAUUGCGAAUCCAGCUGUUCAGCAGGAAUAUGGGUUGCCGGACGCUCACGUUUCGGGCAUCCCCCUCGCUUCUCAAGUUGGCCUCCUUGUGGGUGCUGGCAUAUGGGGCUUCUCUGCCGACAUUAUCGGAAGGAAGCUGGCCUUCAACACCAGUCUCUUGUCAUGUGCCGUCUUUGUGCUCGUUGCAGGCGGCAUGCCUUCUUACAUAUCCUUUGCUGCGAUUGUUGCCAUCUACUCCGCGGGUGCCGGCGGCAACUACGUUCUCGAUGCGACAAACCUCAUCGAGUUCUUGCCCACCACACAUUCCUGGCUCGUCACGUUCAUGGCCGUCUGGUGGGCUGUCGGAUACACCAUCACGGGUCUCCUCUCAUGGGCCUUCAUGGCCAACUUCAGCUGCGCCCCCGAUGCAACUCCCGACACGUGCCGGAGAGCCGACAAUAUGGGCUGGCGAUAUCUUCAUUUCACGUGCGGCGGCCUUGUCCUGAUCAUGGCCAUUGCUCGGAUCGCCUUUAUACGCAUGACGCAGACGCCGCGGUGGCUGAUUUCGCAGAACCGUGACGCGGAGGUCGUCAGGACGCUCAACGACAUCUCCAUCAAGGCCGGCAGAUCGCACAGCUUGACACUGGAGAGGCUGCAGGCAGAAGGCAUCGUGCUGCACACGGAACAGUCCGUCUGGGCGCCGCUCCGGCUCAAGAUGCACUUCAAGGGCCUCUUCCAGACACGGCAGCUCGCCUGGUCGACCGCCGUUAUCCUGUCCAACUGGUUCGUCAUUGGGAUGGUGUCUCCGCUGUACAGCGUCUUCUUGCCGUUCUAUCUCCAGUCCCGGGGCGCCGUCGUCGGCGAUGGCUCGACGUAUGCUACGUGGAGAGACUAUGCCAUCAAUCAGGUUGCAGGACUCGUCGGUCCGAUCAUUGCGGCGAUCCUGAUUGAGACCAAGUUCUUUGGGCGCAGAGGCACGCUCGCCGUCGGGGCACUGGUGACGAUGGUGCUUCAGUUUGGCUAUACGCAGAUCAAGACUCCUGCUCAGAAUGUUGGAGUGUCUGCAGCCAUUUCAGCCGCCUCCAACAUCUACUAUGGCACGAUUUAUGCAUAUACCCCUGAGAUCCUGCCGUCUGCACACCGCGCCACGGGCUACGGCCUCUGCGUUAUUGUGAACAGAAUCGGUGGCAUUCUGGGCGUACUGGUCGGAAGCUAUGCAAACGUGGAGACGACGGCUCCUCUGUUUGUCUGCGCGGCGUUGUUCGGGCUGCUUGUGAUUCUGAGUCUUAUCCUCCCGUUUGAGUCCAGGGGCAAGCGAAGCCAGUAA